GUCGCUACGUGGUGUGCGAUGGGUUGGAGAUACCUCCUGCAUUGGUCAUGCUAUGAUGUAGCGACUUUGUCAGUUCAUAGUAUGUACUUGCCAAGGCAACAAGUUAAAUCUGUACCAUAUCAAGCAGUAUAAAAUAUCAGUUUGAUUAAAAGAAGUUGUAUACAGUGCGAUUCGUGUUGUUUUUUCAUAAAUUCAACCAAGUUUGUUAUAUAUAUAUGUGUACAAUGCAUGAGCGUGUCACGUUAACGAGUGUUUUUGCUUGUACCUUCGGAUUAUUUAGCUUGACACAUGGAGCGUUUACAGCAAACGCGAUGAAAAACUUCUGUUAUUUCACGAACUGGUCGCCGAGUCUCGCCAACUUCGACGCUAGGUUUGACGUGCGCGAUAUCAACGCAACCCUGUGCAGCCACCUCAUCUACGCGUUCGCAAACAUUGACCCACUGGAACUCAAGCUGAUCAAAUCCGAAACCGGCGACGAUAACGGGUCGCUGACGAACAAACAAGGCCGUUAUUUUGAAUUCAACAAACUUAAGAUAAAGCACCCCGAGUUGGUGACGCUUCUAUCCAUCGGUGGAGAGAAUGGGAAAGGGUUUUACCAAAUUGUGGCAAACGAAGCGAGCAUGACUACGUUUGCACGUAAUGUUGCCAUUUAUCUGCGGGACAGAGACUUCGACGGCAUUGACAUCGACUGGGAGUGGCCCAUGGAGCUCUACCGGAAAAAGUUUACAACGUUGCUCGAGGUAUUCCGACAGGAGUUUGACGCGGAGAGUCUUCGCGAAAGCAAGCCUAAACUGCUGAUUACUAUCGCGGUAGCGGUGGGAGAGGACACUAUCUCUAAGUCAUAUGACAUUCCACAGAUAUCAAGACUCGUAGACUACAUCCAAGUGAUGGCGUACGAUUUUCACGGAACAUGGAGUAAAGUGACCAGCUUCUCUGGGCCUCUGAACUCGAGACUGUCAGAUAUCCGCUUCAACCAGCAGCUCAGUCAGCAAUGGGCAAUCGAUCGCUGGAUAUCGGGCGGAGCAGCACGUGAAAAGCUCGUGAUGGGAAUUACAGGCACUGCGACGACCUUCACCCUAGAGAACGUUACGAACGCGGGGGUCGGGGCACCGGUGAAGGGCCCUGGUAAAGUCGGACCUUACCUGGGUAAAGAGGGACAUGUCUCAUAUUAUCGGGUUUGUGAGAUGAUAAGGAAGGGAGCAGUGUACAAAUUCGACGACGAACAAAAGAUGGCGUAUGCAUUACUGGAGGACCAGUGGGUGGGGUAUGCAAACCCUGAAAGCACGAAGGCCAAGGUGCAGUUCGCCCACUCCCGCCAGCUGGCGGGGACUAUGUUCUGGUCCCUUGAAGUAGACGACUUCCUUGGAAAAUACUGCAACGAUGGCGAGUUUCCGCUCCUUACUUCCAUAUACAACACCAUACAGGAAUUGGCGGAAACUUCAGGAAUCAACGUCACCAUCCGGUCAAAGCCGAUCACCCAGUCCACCACACCGGUCAACUUUCGGUUACAUCACUAUACCAGUCCGAACGGAAUAAACUUCUAUGUCAUGAGAAGUGGGUGUAGUUUUAUUGGUGGACACGAAAGAUGCAGUUUGUAUACGACUAUUAUUCUGACGGGUUUGAUAAACUAUUUGCGAGUUAAGUUUGUGUAAGUUGGCCACUUACAAUGCGUUUACAAUCUCACCAGUAAGUAUUCAAAACUAAUCUACAAAUGCGCGUGUUUCUUUUUAUUGUGUUAGUCAUUCUGUUUUAAUGUGCAUAUGUUUUAUUACACAGUAGAACUGACCGUGAUUAACAGACAGUUAGGAACGCAUUAAGUGGUGACCCAAUUGACACUGACGUAAAUUACAUACUCUUUUUACAAAGGGGGUUGAUAUACGCUACUGUAUUUGUCAUAUUUAUUGUGCAGAUAAUUUUAACAAAGUAGACUGAUUAAGCACCUGAUUUAUAAUUUUGAGUUUUUUUUUUAUUUAUUCGUAUUAUCAUUUGGUUAUUUAUAUACAUGUAUAAUAAAAUAAAGUAAACCGUC